GUUGGACAUCAUGUACGUGGCUUCACAGCUGAGGACUGGCAGGGUUUGUUUACAGAGAGAUGAAUGUACUGUUUGUAUAUUGAACGUGGAGUACAUGCUGUGUGUUCUCUAAGUUUAGCUGUUCUCGACAAGCCUUUUAUUGACUGGCGACACAGCAGUGGGAUCGGGAGCGGAGCUGUGACGUUUACUUCUUGAAGCAGCAGCUGUAAACAAGCUUUCUGCCCCGGCCUGCUGGACUGAUAUGGCGGAGAGCGGGUCCUCGGUUGAAUUUUCCGGCACUCUGACGAGCUCGAAUCUUCCGCCGGCGAGGACCCGCAUCUUCAAAAUAAUCGUGAUCGGGGACUCUGGUGUCGGGAAGACCUGCCUCACGUACCGCUUCUGUGCAGGGAGGUUCCCCGAGAAGACUGAGGCCACGAUCGGGGUGGACUUCAGGGAGAGGCUGGUGGAGAUUGACGGAGAGAAAAUCAAGAUCCAGCUGUGGGACACUGCGGGUCAGGAGCGCUUCAGGAAGUCCAUGGUGCAGCACUACUACCGCAACGUGCACGCCGUGGUCUUCGUCUACGAUGUCACCAACGCCGCCAGCUUCCGCAGCCUCCCGGCCUGGAUAGAGGAGUGUAAGCAGCACGCUCUGGGCACGGAGGUACCCAGGAUCCUCGUGGGGAACAAGUGUGACCUCCAGGACUCGGUCCAGGUGGGCACAGACGUGGCGCAGCAGUUUGCAGACACCCACUCCAUGCCCCUGUUCGAGACGUCCGCGAAAAACCCAAACAGUCAGGAAGACGGAGGAAACAGUGACCAUGUGGAGGCCAUUUUUAUGACGGUGGCACACAAGCUUAAGUCUCAGAAGCCUCUGGUUCUGAGCCAGCCCCCUGUGGGUUCAGGGGGUACCGUCAACCUGAGCAAGGGGGGGACAGACGGUGGAGAGGGGUCGAGGAGCUGGGGCUGCAGCGGUGGCUGCUGAGAAAGGGGGAGAACUGCAGGGCUGCACAACACCAUGAAGAUUGCAUCGUGUGGAGGUCUAUAAAGGGAGAGCGGAUGCUGCACACACAGAAGAGGACCAUUCACAUGCCUGUGAUUUACUUUAUAAGUGCUUGUCAGUGUAUGAUUGUUUUGGAAUGCCAAAAUCUAUGAUAUGUCCAUGGGAGUGAUCCUGAACAAACUGCCCAAAAAUCAGAUUCUUAAUCGGUCCUUUUUCCCUUUGGUAAUAAAUCACAUUCUAAACCUGCGCCACUGAGGUGUUCAUGGCAUUGAUCAAUAAGGGAGAUGCUCUGGGUGCAAAUGAAUGCAAUCCAUUAGCUUUGAACUCAGCCGUCUCAUUAAAGGUGCCUGCAGUUUUAAUAUGUUUACAUUCUGCGUAGAUCUUUAAAACACAUUGGAGAAGUUCUAUCUGUAUGUUCUAAUUUCCUAUAUUUGAAAUACCAACUGAAAAUAAAUUAGGGCUGUCAACAUCAGCGCAUUAACACUCACGAUGAAUCUGGAGACCUUAAAUGAGUUUUAAAAACGAUUAACGUAUAUUAACACUGACUUCCUCCCAUAAUUCCAGCGUGGAUGUUUACCAUGGAUUGAUUAAUGUGUGUACGUUUCCAGAUGAAUCAAAAGCAUUAACACUGACAGCCCUAAUAUAUACUAAUAUAAAAUAACAAUAUUCACCUGGGUAAGAUGCAACGUGCUGUGUGCAUCAGCCAUAGGUUUAAUAUAAAUAUAAGUUUCCUAUUGUUUAAUAUCGCCCAGUAAAGGGGGGCGUUGGGGGGUUUCAGACAGUUAAUUAUACUUUUUUUAUAUAAAAAGAAAAAACAGGGUUAAACUGGAGUAUGAGGGUGUGAAAAUAUAUUUCAAAACUAAUUAUAUGCCAAAAUUAAAUCAAAUUUCAUGCUUUGGAGGCCCAGGACUUGCAUGCCAAUGAACACGAAGCUAGAAAAUGCUUGCCUAAUUUCACAUAUAUUCUGUCCGGAAACUGAUAACGACUUCUCUCUGCAUUCCAUUAGUCUUUGUUUGCAUAGUCCAAGCACAAGCUCAUCACCCUGUUGAUUAUUACGCAGGUGUGUUAUAAGAUUGUAUUUGUUAAGGGGAGUCAGGUUUGAAUGAAAACAUGUUUUCCUAACAUACAAUGUGAUUGGUCCAUGUCGUUAUUGGGAGAGCUGUAACUGUGCUAGCCCUGGUGGCUAGGGUAUUAGCUCCAUAACAAGUUAUGUUAUUGUAAGAGUUCAUUUUACAGUUAAGGUGAAUCCUUAAAAUCCUACCUGUAUAAAAAGGAGGAGGAAGUGUCACUGCAAAUUGUCUGAAAGAGUCAUGAAACAGGAUGAAAAGGGAACCCGUUCAAAUUAAUAUCAAGAGAAUGGGUUAGCUGUAUUUGCCUGUUCCCUCCUCUGUAUAUGAAUGCUGUGAAAUAGAGCGGUGCAGGAGUCCAACAACCUGGGAAUGAGUUAGCAUUUUAGCACUUCCAGUUGCAUCAUUCCAAAGAUAACGCUUUGUUUUUACAUGUUUGUGGUUAGAAGUCUCAAAUGAGGUCUGUGGUUAACACUGAAGAGAUAUUCAUAGUUUGUUUUAAGCCAUACAAUACGUCAGUAAAUACCCCAGUGGAAUCUUUUUUGAAACUUCUUUGUGUCUUAAACAGCCGGUUUCAGCAAAUCUCUAAACAUAAUCGCUACAAACAUUAGCCACCUUUAGCUUAGCGGUGGUGACGCGCAGCCUUGUGAAGCUAUGUUGUUUUUAUAGCCAAGCAUUAGCAUUUUACUUCUAGGAAUUUCAAAUAUGCUUAAAGAAAGAAGUGUUGUUAAUAUGUGGAGAUAAUCAUGCUGAAAAAAACGUAUUAUAAACGUGUGUUUGCCAAAUAUCUUAUUUUCUAUAAUAUUCCAAAAUCCAAUGGAAUAAUCCCAUUGCUUUUUGUGGAGCGAGCCCUUGCUUACUUCUCGGUGGGCCUAUAAAAAUACAUCACUACACCACUGUUCAGCUAGAUUAUCAAACAAGAGUAAAGUAGGCUAGCCAGAGAAUCAAACACAUACCUCUUACAGUGUAAAAAACACCUACCCCCACAGCUGCUCCCUGUUAGCUUGUGAUACAAUAGUUUCAGCUUUGUAUGAUAAACGCAGACACUGUCAAAUCCUUCAAAAGUCAAGAUGCACCACAAGCUGGGCUCCGUACCCUGAUUGUUUGGAUGCAUGUUGUGGCGCCGGCUGGUCCUGUGGCCCCUCUUCUGAUCACGCAGUCACAUGACCUCUCAGGACUCACUGUUCAGAUGACUCUCACCGACCAUCUCUGCGGUGGAGGACAUCAUGUGGGUCUUUGUCUUAGCUUCGGGUGCUGCUUCUCUUCUUCAAGUGACCUUUGUUUUAUGGAUGCUAUCAUUUCAUUUGCCUUCUCUUCACUGCAGCCACCAACAACAAAUACUGUAUUUCUAAUUGCAAAUGUCCAGGAAGAAGGAUAUCAACGACAUGAAUGCUAUCUGCUCACUGUGAGUUAUGAAUGAAACUACCCGGGACAGGUAGUUGCAACGGUGUUAACGUGUAACCCUGCAAUAAACUACCCUGAACAUUUCAAAA